AUGAUUGUUGAUACUGCUAAUGUCGAGAACAUCCCUGUAGUUAACGAGUUUCUUGAUGUGUUUCCUAAUGAUUUGCUUGGAGACUUAAUUGAUAGGAAAAUCGAGUUUAUUAUUGAUGUUGUUUAUAGCGAUGCUUCAUAUAAAGGCUUGGAGUGUGUGAGAGCAACCGAUUCAGAUUGUCAAUCAAAGGAUCAAAAGGCUAAGGGAAACAAAGAAAUUCCACUGGUGAAAGUUGAUUGGAAAAACCAUAGAGGAACUUAUGCAACAUACGAAACAGAAGAAGAUAUGAUGAAAAGAUACCCUAAUUUGUUCCCUUUAGAUCUAACAUUCUUUCUGACUGAAGAUGUCAAAGUGGUUGCAUUGAGCAAUGCUCUACAAAAUCUCAAGUUAGCAUCUCCUGAUAUUCAAAAAGACAUUGUAAAUGUGGCCGCAUUUGAAACUAUCACUAUGAUUAUUAAAGAUCUUGGUGAUGCACAUUUUUCUAUUUUGAUUGAUGAAGCCCGUGACAUGUCAAUCAAGGAGCAAAUGGCAGUUGUAAUACGAUAUGUUAACAAAAAAGGCCAAGUGAUUGAGUGCUUUUUAGGUAUUGAGCAUGUUGCUAAUACGAAUGCUCUCUCACUCAAGCAAGCUGUAGAAAAUUUACAUUCCAGACUUGGAUUGAGUAUUUCCAUAUUCCGGGGUCAAGGAUAUAAUGGGGCUAGUAAUAUACAAGGUGAGUUAAAUGGUCUUGAAACACUUAUAUUGAAGGAGAAUCCUUGUGCAUAUUAUGUUCAUUGUUUCGCUCAUCAAUUGGAAAAGCAAGUUGCAAAAGUUGCUGAAACACUUAAUACUGGAGAGCUAUCUAGUGGCAAGGCUUAA